AAGACUUUCGCCCGGACACAUUUUUGAGUCGGACCCGAACAAACGCAGGUUGAACGUUGGAGGGAGAUUUGAGGGACGCGUGCACAGCAGUCGCUGUCCAAUUCGGUGGGCGACAUUACGGAUUAUAUUGAAUCCUCUAUAUUUUUCAUCAUGGAGACUGAUCGUGACAUAAAAACCACGCCGCGAGGUUUUCUCUGCACUCUAUGUAAUGUCAACUUACCAAACAUGCCAAGCUUGGAUCAACACGUCAAAGGGAAGAAACACAAGACGUUGUUCACUGUGCGAGCCACAAGGAAGACCCAGGUGGAGCACAGUGUGUUUGUCAGUGGUAUCAAGCCUGAAAUCUCUCAGACUGAUAUCACUGAAUACUUUGAGCAGUUUGGGCCGCUCUCAGAUGUUAUCAUGGAUAAAGACAAGGGUGUGUUUGCCAUUGUGCAGUUUAGUGAGACUGACAGUGUUCAGGCGACUCUGUCUUGUCUGGAACACCGGAUGAAAGGCUUGAAGCUGCGGGUCAAACCUCGGGAAAAGAAGGACUUCAAAUUGAUUGACAAGAAGGCAAAAGAUCCACAACAAGUGUUUGAACAUCUGAAACCUCAGCUGUGUCAGCAGGAGUCUGUGGAUUCUCAGAUGCACCACGUUGUUCAGCAAUUUCAGCUGGGAGAAAACGAAAAGAAGGCCCGAUGCCUGGUGGUUCAACUCCUGCAAGAGGUUUUUGUGGAGUUUUUCCCAGACAGCCAGAUUCUGCCGUUUGGUUCAUCUGUCAACACUUUUGGCAUCCACAAUUGUGACUUGGACCUGUUCCUGGACCUGGAAAACACCAAGGUGUUCCAGGCCCGUGCCAAGUCCACCACAGAACAAGCAGGAGAGGGCAUGUCAGAUGAUGGCCGCUCUGAGGACUCAAUCCUCUCUGAUAUCGACCUCUCCGCUGCGUCUUCGGCAGAGAUCCUGGAACUUGUUGCAGCGAUCCUCAAACGCUGCGUUCCCAAUGUGCAUAAAGUCAGCGUGGUCGGCGGCGCUCGUCUCCCUGUGGUCAAGUUCCAUCACCGCAAGCUGAACCUGCAGGGAGAUAUCACUAUCAACAACAGACUAGCAGUGAGGAACACCCGCUUUCUCCAGCUGUGCACAGGGAGGGAGGACAGACUGAGGCCUCUGAUAUACACCAUCAGGUACUGGGCCAAGCAGAAGCAGCUGGCUGGUAAUCCUGGUGGUGCUGGUCCCCUGCUGAAUAACUAUGCUCUGACACUGCUGGUCGUCUUCUACCUGCAAAACUGUGAGCCUGCUGUCCUCCCCACAGUGGACCAUCUCAGAGACAUGGCCUGUGAGGAGGAAGAGUGUUUGAUUGAGGGCUGGAACUGCACCUUCCCCACUCAGCCUAUCGCUGUGCCACCCAGCGAGAACGCACAAGACCUCUGCUCCCUGCUCGCUGGCUUCUUCGCCUUCUAUGCAAAGUUUGACUUUGCCAGCAGUGUCAUAUCCCUCAGGGAGGGGCGUGCACUCCCCAUCACAGAUUUCCUCAGCAAGAAUAAAGGGGAGGAGGCCAUGCAAGAGGAAAAGCCCUCCAAGACCCAACACCAUGGUCCCAGAUUGGGCCCUGUAAACCUCCUGGACCCUUUUGAACUCACCCACAACGUAGCUGGAAACCUGAAUGAACGCUCCCAGCGCAGCUUCCAGAGGGAGUGCCAGGAGGCUGAUAAGUACUGCCACUGCCUGCAGUACCAGCGCAAAUCCACCAAGGGCAAGUCCUGGGGUCUGGUGCGAUUAUUCACCCCCCAUGGGGAUGAACCACAUACCAGGGCAGAGCAGCUGACCAUCAGCAUACCCUUCAAAUCAGCAACACUCCCUGAAGUGCUGCGCAACCAGCUGCACGCGGCUGGCGAUGGUUUCCGGCUGCUAUGGUUUCAGAAGAUUUGCUCUGCUGUGGAAGGAGUCUUUCAAACUGUUCUUGGUUGUCACCUUACUCCCACAGACGUCGUCUUUAGCGAGGUCUGUGCUGCUGAGGAAAUGGACACUUCUUCAACUUCCCUAAACACAUCAGUAAACAGCUGUGACAGCACAGAGCCCCAAAAUGAAGCCAACACAUCUUUGGUUGGUACCAAGAGGCCACUGUCCUCCAGCAGUGAUGCUUCGGUGUCACCUCAUGGCAAAAAACCACGACUGACAAAAAGGGGCAGGCCUGAACCCCCUCACUGGAUCUGUGUGUUGAAGCACAUGGUGUGGGCCGGCAGGAGGAAAGUAAGAAGGGAGCUUAUCAAAGACACUGACUCGAGGCCGGAGGGCAGCUGCAUGGAGAUGGAGUCCCAGGUCACAGCUCACAUCACUGAAAAAGAGCCGGCGCUCAAGGAGCCCCUGGAGUUCAAGGUUCAGCCACAGAUUGUGGGUGAGACUGAAAGCACAAAAGCAGUGCUGAAGUUCGAGCCAAGAAGUGACAAGACAGGAGCUUUUCAGGACUUCUUUCAUUUCCUCGAAGCGUUUUUACCGAAGAUGGUAGAGACACUGCUGGAGAAACAAGCAGCAAGUACUUAAAUAGGGACAUUUUUAACAUGUCUCCUGAACAUCCAUAAACUUUUGCUUUUGUUUGUUUGAAUCAAAGCUACCAGUUAUGCUCCUUUUUUUGUUUUACUUGUAAGAUAAAAGUAAAACGUAGCUUUAUCAGCUUUAUCAGCCAGGCAUCAUGUGUUAUAUUUCUAAAAGCAGGCUUUGGAAAACAUAAAAUCUGAAAUAUUUCAUGUAUAUUGUAUGUUUGUGUUUAAGUUUGUUUCACAUAAGUUCUUCUUCUGAAGCCGCCUGUUCUGUUUGAGAAGUCGCCUGGUUUUUGUUAAUUUCUGUUAAAAAAACAAAAGAGCUUUACAGUAAUGAUGCUCUAAAUAAAAAUUCAGUGGCAGAUGCUUGUUGUACACA